AUGGGUAAACCGGCGGGGAACGAUAACGAAAACAAGAAUGGAAAUGGGGAAGGAGACGGUAAUGACUUGGGAGGUGCUCCGAUGACCUUGGCUUCGUUUCUCAAGGUUCAUCCAUCAACUUUUAGAGGUUCAUUAUCUGUGGCAAAUUGUGGGCGUUUUCAUCCUUAUGAUUUGUGCAAGCUGGGUAUAGGUGGAUGUUUUACAUGUGGAUUAUCUGGACAUCUGGCGAAGGAUUGUCCUCGUGGGAGGAACCUGAAUGCGGGUCGAAAUCAACACCAAGGAAGGGUGUUUGCUGUGAACACAAAUGAUGCGGAUAAGGGGGAUCCUUUAAUGAGAGGUAUAAGUUUAAUUGGUGAUAAAAUAUUGGUUGCAUUAUAUGAUACUGGAGCUUCGCAUUCUUUUAAUACAUUUGAUAAAGUUGAGGAACUAGGAUUGAAAAUUUUAGAAUUAGCUUUUGAUUUGCACGUGCAUACCCCGUAUCAGGCAAUUGUGACAAAGUUAGGUUGUAGGCACAUCUUUCAAGCUUGA